CUAUUAUUCUGAAUGAGUUGUGUUUUCUUCUUUGAACUUUUUUCUCAUUUUUCAAUUUCUUUCAGUCUCUCUCUCCUUGUUUCAUUUCUUGUUCCCUUUUUUUGGAUCUGGGGUUUUCAAGAUUUUGGUUUUGGUUGAUUGUAUAAGCUGCUUAUUUUUGUUUGUUGGGAUGGCUAUGGAUGACAAUUUCCAUAGGCAACGACUAGGGGCACAUGCACCUCCUGGUUACUUUGUCCGCUUGGAGAACGGAAGGGCUAAAGACGAUCUUUAUUUGAGAAAGAGAGGAAGGAUGAAAAGGUGGCUCUGCUGCACCUGCCAAGUAGAGGAGUCUGACCCAUCGCAUGAAAACGAGCUCCACAAAAGCCCCAAGAACAAUGUUGAUGGAUAUCAGAAAGGGUCAAAAGCAUCAGUUCCUGCCAAGGCUGAAGUGCAAAAGGCAAUACCAACUAUAGAGGUCCCUGCAUUGUCUUUGGAUGAACUGAAAGAGGAAACUGACAAUUUUGGAUCGAAGGCAUUAAUUGGUGAAGGAUCUUAUGGAAGAGUAUACUAUGCUAAUCUAAACAAUGGCAAAGCCGUGGCUGUGAAAAAGCUUGAUGUUUCAUCUGAGCCUGAGACUAAUGUUGACUUCCUGAGCCAGGUCUCUAUGGUUUCAAGAUUGAAGCAUGAAAAUCUGGUUGAUUUGCUUGGUUACUGUGUGGAAGGGAACCUUCGUGUAUUAGCUUAUGAGUUCGCAACAAUGGGUUCCUUGCAUGAUAUUCUGCAUGGCAGGAAAGGAGUACAAGGAGCACAACCUGGACCUACACUUGAUUGGAUGCAACGGGUAAAAAUUGCUGUUGAUGCUGCAAGGGGCCUUGAGUAUUUGCAUGAGAAGGUCCAGCCUCCAAUAAUACACAGGGAUAUCAGAUCAAGCAAUGUCCUUCUCUUUGAAGACUACAAAGCAAAAAUUGCUGAUUUUAAUCUGUCAAAUCAGUCUCCUGACAUGGCUGCUCGUCUUCAUUCUACACGAGUUUUGGGAACAUUUGGUUAUCAUGCACCAGAAUACGCAAUGACAGGACAAUUGACACAAAAGAGUGAUGUGUAUAGCUUUGGGGUGGUUCUUCUUGAACUUUUGACGGGAAGAAAACCUGUAGAUCAUACGAUGCCUCGUGGACAACAGAGUUUGGUUACUUGGGCUACUCCGAGACUAAGUGAAGAUAAGGUUAAGCAAUGCGUCGAUCCAAAGUUGAAAGACGUUCCUGCAAAAGGAGUUGCUAAGUUGGCAGCUGUUGCAGCGCUGUGCGUGCAAUAUGAGGCUGAGUUCCGUCCUAAUAUGAGUAUUGUUGUCAAAGCUCUUCAACCACUGUUAAAGGCACCUGUUCCCGCUCCUGCUCCUGAGUCAUAGGGGCUCUAGUUUCAUUUGCUCAUAUCAUAUACAGUUUGACAGCUGAUUGCACAGUUUGAGUUUGAUUACGCGAGUAUUUCUUUUCAGUUUGAGUUUCAUUUUCCCGCUCUCCUGUCUCUGGUUUGUUUAGCCUAUCGCGGUGUCAUGUUAAAGUAUGGGAGUGCUUUCGAGGGUUGCUCUAAAACUGGGUUAGGCUACUUGUUGAUAUUUUUCGUUUUCCUCAUUUUGGUGGUCUAUCCUCAUAUCAAUUUGUGUAUUAUAAUUUAUUUUAUGUAUUGGAUGAUGAACAUCUGGUAUGCUACUAUGUUUUAAGUAAUGUCAAGGUUACAAACAUUGUUGCACCAUU